AUGGCACUAUGGCAAGCGACGCCGUUCCGGGCUGUAGCCGAGCCCGGCAUCCAGCUGAAGGUGGUCAACUCCAACACCGGGCCCGGCCAGAUGAUGCGCAACGCCCUCUGGCACACGGGCGACACAUUCGACCAGGUGACGCUGCUUUGGAAGGACCCGCGAAACGUCGGCUGGAAGGAGAAGACGGCUUACCGCUGGCUGCUGCUGCACCGGCCUCAGAUCGGGCUCAUCCGGCUGCGCAUCUACGAGGGCGAGAACCUGGUGGCGGACUCGGGCAACAUCUACGACAACACGCUGAAGGGCGGCCGAAUCGGGGUGUUCUGCUUCUCGCAAGAGAUGAUCAUUUGGUCCGACCUUGUGUACAGGUGCAACGACGACGUGCCGGAGGAGGUGUACGAGCGGCUGCCACCGCACCUGCAGGCUCAGGUCAACGUGGACCGCACCAAGGCGUCUGCCCCGGGUGGCCCGUUGGGCACCCGGCCCCCCUCCUUCUUGUACCGCGUCUGAAGCAACUCAUCGUCGUCCUCGCGACACCGGCUUAGUCUUCAAACCGAUGCACAGCGCUGGGAGCUGGUCACGGACGGUCUCGGACCCGGGCCGGAGCCGUGCUUUUGUGCUUCCUUUUCGUAUUGUUUCGUAUCGCCUGACGAUGUGCCCGAUGACAUGACCUAGACUAAUCUGUUUGUCAUUUCAUUGGUAAUAUAAUUUACAAGAACUA